UCCGCCAGGCCCGCGCGGCUGCUCGGUGGCGGCGUCGGCCGAACGCUCGGCCGGAGAUCGGGGCCUCGGGCGCCCCGCCGGCGCCACGCUGGCAACCUGCUCGGCACUGCUGGCGCCCGGGCGCAAGCACCGGGUCUGCAUGGUGUCCGACUUCUUCUACCCGAACAUGGGCGGGGUAGAGAGCCACAUCUACCAGCUGUCGCAGUGCCUGAUCGAGCGCGGCCACAAGGUGAUCGUCCUGAGCCACGCGUACGGCGAGCGGCGCGGCGUGCGUUACCUGACGCACGGCCUCAAGGUUUACUACCUGCCGCUGCGGGUGAUGUACAACCAGUCGACGGCCACCACCCUCUUCCACAGCCUGCCGCUGGUGCGCUGCGUGCUGGUGCGCGAGCGCGUCAGCGUGGUGCACGCGCACAGCUCGUUCUCGGCCAUGGCGCACGACGCGCUGUGGCACGCGCGCGCCCUGGGCCUGCGCACCGUCUUCACCGACCACUCGCUCUUCGGCUUCGCCGACCUCAGCUCGGUGCUGACCAACAAGCUGCUCACCGUCUCCCUCUGCGACACCAACCACGUCGUCUGCGUCUCGUACACCAGCAAGGAGAACACCGUGCUGCGGGCUGCCCUCAGCCCCGACUGCGUCUCGGUCAUCCCCAACGCUGUGGAUCCCACCGACUUCAUUCCCGAGCCCGGCCGGGCCGAGCCGGGCACCGUCACCGUGGUGGUGGUCAGCAGGCUGGUGUACAGGAAAGGUACAGCCCAGCCACGGUCUCCUCUGUCGUCGCUCACACUGCUCGGAAUUGAUUUACUUGCUGGGAUAAUUCCUGAAUUGUGCCUUAAGCAUCCAGAUUUACACUUUCUCAUUGGUGGUGAAGGACCUAAGCGAAUAGUGUUGGAGGAAGUUCGGGAAAAGUACCAGCUUCAUGACAGAGUACGACUUCUGGGUGCCCUUGAGCAUAAAGAUGUGAGAGAUGUUUUGGUCCAGGGUCACAUUUUUCUCAACACUUCUCUGACUGAAGCUUUUUGUAUGGCAAUAGUUGAAGGAGCAAGUUGUGGUCUUCAGGUUGUCAGUACAAAGGUUGGUGGGGUGCCAGAGGUUCUACCUGAGGAUCUUAUCAUCUUGUGUGAGCCCACUGUGAAGUCAUUGUGUGAAGGACUGGAAGUUGCUAUUACUCGCCAACGGCGAGGAACACUGCCACCAGCGGAAACAAUCCACAACAGAGUGAAGAAUUUAUACACAUGGAGAAAUGUGGCAGAACGCACUGAAAAGGUUUAUGACCGAGUGGCCAAAGAAGGAGUGCUGCCAAUGAACCAACGACUGUACAGAUUAAUAACCCACUGUGGUCCUGUGGCUGGGUGUAUCUUUGCUUUAGUUGCUGUUUUGGACUUCUUUUUCUUGUUGGUCCUGAGGUGUUUAGUUCCAGAUGAUACGAUUGACAUUGCUGUCGAUGCCACGGGUGUGAAUGGAGCUUGGAAACGACAGGGACUUUCAAGAGUUGAAAAACAUAAGAAAACACCACCUUAUACUGAAAGGGGCAAUCACAAAGUUCAAGUCUGAUGCUUUAGGUCUCAAGAGUUGAACUCUAUUGUUUUUAGCAGCUUUUGUUUUGUAUGACAAAGUAUCAGUUUAUAUAUUCUAUUACUGAAGUAGCUAUUAUAAACUUCAGCUGCAUAAAAAUAAGUCAGAUUUGAUAUACAGUAUGAAUGAAAACAAAGUAAUUAAUAUUUCUGUAUUGGUAUAAUUACUGCUUCCCUAAAGAUUUGAAACUUUUAUUUAAUUGUACUAUUGAUCAUUCAUGCUGUAAAAUAAGAGAAAUAUUAUUCCUUAUAAUUCUGCAGAGCUACUUUUGUGGAUACAGACUAAUUCAAUCAAUUCAUUUAAACUAAACUAUAUACUAGUAAAAUACUGCAUUCUGUCAUUUACAUUCAAGUUGUUGGAUAAUUUGGAUUUGUAGCACAAAAAAGACUUUACAUAAUCAGGAUCAGAAUACAUUUUUAUUCUUCAGACCUUUUUAAUUGUUAACAAUAUAUUAACAUAUGUUAAGCUUUCCAUUAACUUACUGAGCAAUCUUUAGCUGUGGAAUUUUGUUUGCAUGAUGUCCAGUGCACAGUCUAUUCCUAUAAAGUCCAAGAAUUGGAAAAUUUCAGAAUUCAACAGAGGACAACAAUGUGAAUAAGGAAAGGGAAAGUAGAAUACGAGAGUAAUCUAUCAAAGGAAUAAAAAUAGACUGAGUAAAAUUUCUUCAGUACUGUAAGAAGGAAACAUUAGAAAAAAUGUAGGUUGCUUACAGACUGAAAGAGAGAAAUUGUAUUUGGGAAAUAAGAAAAUGGCUGAGAAAUUAGACAAAUAUUUUAUGUCUGUCUUCAUGGACAAAGACACAUAGAACCCCAGGAAUUGAUAAGGGACAACCAGCUGAAGUGAAUGAGGAGCUUAAAGAAAUUAGUGUUAUUAAAAAGGUGUACUUGUCUCUGUUCAAAACUCCCCAAGGCCCUGCCAUUCACUGUCUAAGUCCUGCCCUGGUCUGUAUCACUGCACUUGUCUGAGUUAAAUUCCAUCUACCAUUCCUUUGGCCACUUUUCCAAUUGAUCAUUAUCCUGUUGUAACCUUGGACAACAUUUUUCAUUGUCAUUCACCUUUGUGAUUCACCCUACUAAAGCCUUCUGAAUCCAAAUGCACCAUAUCAACGUUUGCUGUCAUCCAUUCUGCUGGUUACAACCUCAAAAUAAAACAACAGAGACUUCCCUAUCAUAAAUCCCUGUUGACACUGCUCAAUCCUUUUAUUUCCCAAGUGCCUCGUUACCAUUUCCUUUAUAGUAAAUUCCAGCAUUUUCCAUUCUGUGGAUAUUGGACAAAAUUAUCUUUUGUCUUCUCUUGGGUAGUGGGGUCACAUUUGCUAACUUUCAAUUUGUGGGAAUUAUUAUACAAUCUGUGGAAGUUACAUUCCUUCAGAAGCCUUGGAUGCAGGUUAUCAGGUCCUGGGGAUUUAUCAUCUUUCAGUUCAAUUUCUCUUGUGCUAACUUCUGUGUUGUCCUCAUUAAACCUGUACUUCUCCACUAUUUCCAGAUGCAUGUGCAAACAGAUAUCUCUUAAACAUUUUCCA